AUGUAAACAUAGCCUAAAUAAGGAUCUAUUUAUCAUUGUUUAUCUCCAUAGAAUAUUAAGAGAGCAGUGAAUAAGAUUCAAUGUCGAGAACAAUAGAGUAAUCCUUGUGUAAGAUUAAACAAUUAAGACAAUCGACUUAAAUAAUUCUAAAAUCUUCUAAAUUCAUAUAUGUAGAGUAAAUCACCAUCAAUUACAAAAACUAUUUAAAGUCGAAAGAGUUUAAAUGAACCUAGUAUCAAUAAUAUUGCAAGAAUAUCUGUUACUCCUUAAAAGAAUGAGAUUUCAAUUACACGCAAAUAAAAUACAGAACAUAAAGAAUUCUUACUAUGUUAAUCUAUUUCAAGUCAAACAUCUGAUUAUGGUCCUUCCAAUCAAUUCAAAGUUUAAUUAUAGUAAAUAUAACAAAAAGUGCGUGAACGGUUUAAACGAUAUGAAGAAGAAAAGAAACUAUUUCAUGAAGAGAAGAAACUGUUUCUUGAAGAAAAGAAACAAUUAAUCUCAAGAAUUCAAUAAUUAGAAUAGUAAGUUUAAGAAUUUACCAAAAAAAAAGAAGCAUUAGAUCAAUCAUUUGGUUGA